CCGAUUGGGGCUCAGCGUUUUCUGAUCUUGUGUCAAUCUCGUAAUCAUGGAUGGACUAUAUGCCUAUAACAUGCGCGCUACGUUGCAUGCACCCGAACCUCUGCGAUCUGACAAUCUCAAGAGACUCUUUAAGAGGCUAGCCGAUCCGCACGAAGAUGAGAUCUUUGUGCAGAACUUCGCAGGCGAAAUUAAGCACGAGUUCGCUGACAGUGGGAAGCUUGUCAACGAUGACGGCCACAAACCACAAUUCAGCUCCUUUGCCAAUUCAUGCCUCAAAGCAGGGCUCGUAAAAACUAUGAUGGCCGUUGCACGAGAGGAGUGGUCAACUCCAGGUGUACCAAAGGCGAGGUAUAUUGCACAAUAUCAUGCAUUGGAGGGUCUCUGUGACUUGAUGCGGUCUGGAGAUGUAUCGGAGCGCCAGAGUUUGCUUAGCGAGAUGUUACGGGAGGACAUUGUAGGCCUGUGCUUACGGAAUCUGCAACAUCGGUUGUGCCUCAUGCGCCAACUAGCCGUCAACACUUUACGUGCCCUUGCAGCUGAAUCCUUUCUAGCAGCCAAUGUCCCGGCUUCCACCGCUGCUGACGUCAUAGAAGGAGUCUGUCUCUACACGCUUGACGGGCCUGGAUUUGUGAUCGCACAGAUGGACGACCCCGAGACAACAUGGCAAAGUCAAAUGUUCAUGGAUAAAGAAGACAUACCCCCAAAGAUCUCCAGCAGGUACUGCCCGAGAUUCUAUGCUAUGGCUCAGGAGAGUGCCAUGUGGACAGCACAUGGUCUCCUGUCCACAUACCCUCCUCCGACACAGGAAUACUGUUACGGUAUCCUCAGGAGAAAGCCAGGUAUCAUCGACCUUCUCCUUGAUUGCGCGAUACUCGACCGACAGCCAUGGUACCCCGAGAACCAGACAGACUCCGUAGCUUGCGAGGUACUAUCUUUGCUGUUCCAAUGGCCGAGACACAUAGUACCCGGUGUUGUAACGCCGAUGGACAAGGCGUUCAGAUCGCAGGAGUGGAAAUCCAUAUUACAGUCAUUGGCGAUCCUGACAUCUCGUCAGGACUGGGUGGAAAAGCUUACUGAGGUGUGGAUGCGACUUCAAGAGGAGGAUCUGAUAGAACUUCGGAGAUACUUUCUAAGGGUCGAGCAAGAUUAUGGCGCGAUGAACCCACCUAAUGACGAAGACUUCAACUGUGUUUUCGAGUAUCGUGCAACGUCUCGGAUCGGCAUACUCCGGGUAAUCACCACACUCACGUACGCGGCUGAAUCGUGUGGUGUCACCAAUGCACAGGUUGAAUCCCUCCUCCAUGUUGCCUAUGUGGCAUCUCGAAACGUCAAACCCAGCGGAGAGUGCGUCGUCAUGAGGGACAUCUGUGACUCUAUGGAGAACGGGCACGAGAUCUUCCGCUCGCCUAUGUGGACAAUUUCCUUCGCGGAUGUGGCCGACGAGCCUGCAGAGAUAGCUCCCGAGAGCAUCCUUGGGCCCACCGCCCUCGUUCGCCUGCUAGUCAUUCUCGCUCAGCGUAAAGCGCUAGACGGAAUUCAAAAACUGCGCAAAGCGCCGAUUGGACUCUCCCCUUCGACGUCUCUUCGUCACAUCCGGCAGAUCACGCACCCUGAAAUCGUCCAUAGGGUUGUCAAAAUGGCUCAGGCACGUCUUCGUGCUCGACUGGAUAAGGGUCGACAGCGAGUAGCGGUGAAGAAAAACGACGCCGAUUGGAACUUCGCCUGUGCCGCGUUUACAAGCGCAGCUGAGCUCGCCGCGGCUCUGGUUGCGCUGGAUGUGCAUACAGAUGGGGUGUACAGGGUAGACAUACGCGGUGCGAGGAAGCAGUUGGUUAUCGCUUUAGGGAACGCGGCACAGAUGACACUCAACACCAGACGAUAUCAGCGGGCACUCCACUAUGCGUUGGGAGCCGUUAGCGCAGCGGAAAAUAUACCAGGGGAUGAAGAACUAGAUCUAGAGAUUACGGAGAAAAAUAAACGGCGAAUUAACCAAGCUAAAUCGGGGCUACAGUAUAACCGGUAGAAGUUUUAUCUCUUGCUUUGAGACCUUUCCACGAGUACAAGCCGAAUAUCAUGUAACGCAUUCGUGUUCUCAACAUCUCAUAAGCCACAAGAAUC